UGCAUGCCGGGAUACAUUGCCCGUGUUGACACAAAAUGGUCGAGUAUGUUUUUUGACCCGGGAGUUUAGCAGGCCUAAAACUAAACUUUUAUAAUUUCUUGCCACGCGAAACACCCACUCGAAUAGUAGAUAGUAAGUCCCGAAGCUAGUCUAAUAGAGAAUACAUGAAUACAGCAUGAAAGCAAGACUGUCGAAGGAAAGCUGAUUUGACAGACAGUCCGCCCCUGCAUGACUCAGAUACUACUCAGCUCAUCCUUAUCUACGUCUCAGAAGACUCUAAACCAAGCCGAAUGAAGAGAGCGGCUGCAAAGCAUCUAAUUGAGCGCUACUUCCGCCAGUUAACCGAGGGCUGUGGAAAUGGGGCCUGCACGAAUGAGUUUUGCGCGUCGUGUCUUGGUUUUCAACCGAUGGAUAACAACGCAGCGGCCGUCAGGGCCCUGGAGCUCUAUAAGAUUAACGCCAAACUCUGUGAUCCUCACCCCUCCAAGAAAGGGAUCUCUGCUGCCUUCCCAGACAACCACAGUGCCAAAGACACCCACGCUGCCUUAAUGGGCGAUCACGAAAGGAAGAUGACGGACAAGGACGAUCUGUUGCCGCCUAGGGAGGACUUCAGAGAGGUCCAUUACCUGACAGAAGACAAGGUGUAUGAGAUACUGAGUAUCUGUGAGGGGAAAAGGGACUACUCUCCUCUCAUCCGAGUCAUCGGGAGGAUCUUCUCCAGCGCAGACGGCCUCGUUCAGAGUUUCAGGAAAGACCAGGGACAGCACAAGCCCCACACCAAGGAGCAGCGGAAGGCCCACCAGGGUAAGGACGAGGACAAGGACGAGGACGAGAAGGAGCGUAGCACCGCCAUGGACCAGGAGUCGGAGGAGUCCGAAGCGUCGGCAUCCUCCCGGGGUGCGGCGGCCGCGGAGAGCCGACUGGGUCCCGUGGAGGUCUCGGUGGACGUGGAGGCGGUGAGGAGAGUCUACGCUCGACUGUUGUCCAACGAGACCAUCGAGGCGGCGUUCCUGAACGCCCUGGUCUACCUGACGCCACACGUGGAACUGGACCUGACCUAUCUGGAUGUGUACGACACCAACCCGGACUACCUGAACAUCUUCGUCAUCGUGAUGGAGAACAGCAACCUCCACAGCCCGGAGUACCUGGAGAUGGCCAUGCCGUUGUUCUGUAAGUGCAUGAGUAAACUCCCUCUGCCUGCGCUGGCCAAGCUGACCCGCCUGUGGUCCCAGUACAGCAUAGAGCAGAUCAGGCGCAUGAUGGAGACCUUCCAACAGCUGAUCACCUUCACGGUGAUCAGCAACGAGUAUGACAGCGAACACCUGGUGAAUGAUGACGACUGUGUGGUGGCUGCAGCAAAGUGUCUUAAGCUGGUGUUCUAUGCCAACGUGCUGGGAGGUGACCUGGAUACAGACCACAAUGAGGACGAAGAGGAGGAGCCUGCGUCAGAGUCCAGCGAGCUGACCCUGCAGGAGUUACUGGGCGAGGAGAGGAGGAACAAGAAGGGGCCCCGGAUUGACCCUUUGGAGAAGGAGCUGGGCAUCAGGACCCUAGACUGCAGACAACCUCUCAUCCCCUUCGAGGAGUUUGUCAACGAGCCGCUAAACGAUGUCCUGGAGAUGGACAAGGACUUCACCUUCUUCAAGGUGGACUCGGAGAGUAAGUUCUCCUUCCAGACCUGCCCCUUCAUCCUGAACGCCUGUACGAAGAGCCUGGGCCUGUACUACGACAACCGCAUCAGCAUGUACAGCGAGCGGCGCAUCACUGCCCUCUACAGCCUGGUCCAGGGACAGCAGCUGAACCCGUACCUCCGGCUCAAAGUACGACGAGACCACAUCAUUGACGACGCCCUCGUCAGGCUGGAGAUGAUUGCCAUGGAGAACCCGGCGGACCUGAGGAAGCAGCUGUUCGUGGAGUUUGAAGGGGAGCAGGGCGUGGAUGAGGGAGGCGUGUCCAAGGAGUUCUUUCAGCUAGUCCUGGAGGAGAUGUUCAACCCUGAUAUCGGCAUGUUUACAUAUGACGAGUCCACCAAGCUGUUCUGGUUCAACCCAUCCUCCUUGGAGAACGAGGCCCAGUUCACCCUGAUCGGCAUAGUCCUGGGCCUGGCCAUCUACAACAACUGUAUCCUGGACGUCCACUUUCCCAUGGUGGUUUACCGGAAGCUAAUGGGAAAGAAAGGGACCUACCUGGAUCUGGCGGACUCUCAUCCGGUUCUGUACCAGAGUCUGAAGGAGCUCCUGGAGUAUGAGGGCAAUGUGGAGGAGGACAUGAUGAUCACCUUCCAGAUCUCCCAGACGGACCUGUUCGGAGACCCAAUCACCUAUGACCUGAAGGAACACGGGGACAAAAUACCUGUUACCAUGGAAAAUAGGAAGGAGUUUGUGUCUCUGUAUGCUGAGUACAUUCUAAACAAGAGUGUUGAGCGCCAGUUUAAAGCCUUUCGAAGGGGCUUUCAGAUGGUCACAAACGAGUCACCGCUCAAGUGUUUAUUUCGACCUGAGGAAGUGGAGCUACUUAUCUGUGGGAGCAGGAAUUUAGACUUUUACGCCCUCGAGGAAACGACGGAGUAUGACGGAGGAUACCACAAGGAUUGUCGGAUUAUCAAAGACUUCUGGGAGACGGUUCACUCUUUUAGUGAUGAGGAUAAAAGGCUGUUUCUCCAGUUCACCACGGGGACUGACAGGGCGCCAGUAGGAGGGCUGGGCAAGCUCAAGAUGAUCAUAGCCAAGAACGGACCCGACACCGACAGGUUGCCCACCUCGCACACUUGUUUUAACGCCUUGCUGCUCCCCGAAUACGAUACAAAGGAGAAACUGAAGGAGAGACUUCUCAAAGCUAUCACUUAUGCCAAAGGAUUUGGAAUGCUGUGACACACAGACUGGUUCUCUGCAGAAACAAACUUCCUGGCUUCAGUUCAAUGGUUCGUGUGUUUAAUUGAGAAGAGAGGAAUCAUCCAAUACAAGGAUACAUCAGUUGAAAUUUUCUAGAGAAAACCUUUUAAAUAGAAACUAGACUCAUCUAGCAAACAGUUGUUAAAGACAGGCAGAUGGGUAAAGGACUAGCCUAUAACAGACCGCAGACUUUGAAAUAACAGACAAACGGGGGUAUGGGUAUAAAAGGCAGACUGAUGGGUAUAACAGGCAGACUGAUGGGUAUAAAAGGCAGGCAGAUGGGUAUAAAAGGCAGGCAGAUGGGUAUAACAGGCAGACUGAUGGGUAUAUGUGUGACAGACGGACGGAUGAGUUAUAUGUGUGACAGACGGACGGAUGAGUUAUAUGUGUGACAGACGGACGGAUGAGUUAUAUGUGUGACAGACGGACGGAUGAGUUAUAUGUGUGACAGACGGACGGAUGAGUUAUAUGUGUGACUGACGGACGGAUGAGUUAUAUGUGUGACAAAUGGAAGGGUAUGACAUCUCACCGAUUCAUCUUCAGAUCCUUAGAAAUACGUAGAACCUCUCCUUACUUUCUACAUUUCUCAAAUACUUCAUAUCCGUUAAAUCUUACUGGAGCUUGAUCAGUUUGUCUUUUAGGCGUGUUUAUUAGGAUUUUUGGACAUUUUAAAUGAGCCUCCAGUAGGAAGCAGAUUCAUUGUCUCAUUGAUUGUUGUGAAACUGUGAAAGUGCACUUAAAGUAAACCUCCAGAAUGUUAGUUAUUGGUGUAUAUGGUACUGUAUCCUGCUGUCAGGGGGUCAUUGGUUUAUUUUGGAUUACAAGUCUUCCCAGUCGACUCUUUACUGCCCACCAUGUUGUCUUUGGCACUUCCUCUAAAUACCUACUGUGUAUUUCAUCAUCAGCUCAUUUAUAAUGUCUAAUGAGCAAUGCAAAAUGUAUUGAAACACUCAUAGACCACUAUAAUGCAUUAUGUAGUGGGGUAUCUAAAGGAUGCUUUGUUGUGUCAUCAUCCGAGGACACAGGACAGUUUUGAACUGUGUUCCUGUGUCAUGCAAAUGGCACACUAUACCCUUCAUAGUGCACUGCUUUUAACCAGGACCUAUAGGGCUCUGUGUUAGGGGAUAGUGUGUAAUUUAGGACAAAGCCCCUGUAUCAUCAUCAUUCUCUCUACUGCUGCCAAAUUAUGCUGCUACUUAUUUCUAGUCCUACAUCCAACUUAACGCAAAUUGUUGAUACGUUUCCCGGUUGAACAUCAUUUAAAAACAAUAUAUAUAUAAAUAUAUAUAUAUAUUUUUUGUAAUGUUCAUUUUGUAUUCCACUGCCCAGAACGAAGUGAACUGUCAACCCUCAUGGUUAUCAGUUACUGUAUUUUUCUUUUUGUUGCAUGAUUUUUCAGACAUAAAGCGAAUCAUUUGCUCCGAAUCGCUCCACUGUACUGUAUUGGGUUGUGUCAGAACCUGGACAUUUUGGGAAGUUUACCGAACUUUCGUAACACUUCGCUCACUGCCUGCACAGCUAAUUUGACCCAGAUAACUGUGAGGUAUUGAACAAACUCUUCUCACGCUCAUUACCUGAACACCACUGAGUUGACGUUUCACACCCACGCUCAGUAUUUGUUCUUGGAUUCUUUGGUUGGUUAAUGUUGUUUUUGGUUGAUUUAGUGUGACAUUCUUUGCUAAUAAUGCUGUAUACCUGAAAGCCUCUGAAGCUCUACAGAAUGUUCUGGUUUAAUCAGCCUAUAAUUUACCACAGUAUUGAAAGGAAGGGAAGUAUUCUAUUUAGUUGUUUGCUUGUUUAUUUGAUCAAAAAGGGUGUCUUCUCUCCCGGGUUGAAGGAAUGUGCAAACAAUCUAAGGAAACACUCUUGAUAUGUCAACGUACUGAACAAUAAAAUUACUGCAUUUUU